UUAGGUUAGGUGGUUUUGUAAACAGCAAGCGCUUCGCUGGAAAGAAAUUGCGAUAAAACGAACGGAUUGGAAGUGAGCGUGAAGGAUCCAGCCCCCCUUGGCCCCGCCAGCGCAGUUCACCAUGUCCAGCAUGGAAACCGACGACCUGAUCGAAGAGGACUCCGUCGUGCUGGUUUCGGAAGACGAUGGCACCUCGGACGGGAGCAACACGGAAGACGAGGCAACCGAUGACGAUGAAGACGAGGCCGAUGAGACCAUGGAAUCGAAACACAUUAAGCAGUACAUCGAGAUACUGACAAAGAUCGCUGGGGACAAGUACAACUACGACAACUACGUACAGCUGCUGGAUGUUGCACACGAAAUGAACGAUCUGGAGAAGAUCCGCCAGAGCGCGGAGAUCUUUGCCGCCAUGUUCCCACUGUCGCCGGACAUCUGGUUAAAGUGGCUCAAGAUUGAGGCAUCGCUUGCUACGACCGAUGAGCAAGUGGAGAAUGUCGAGAAGCUUUUCAUCCGGGCCCUGACCGACUACUACUCGGUGGAUGUAGCGACGGAGUUUGCCCGAUUGGCGAUGAACACGGCCAACAAAGAGAUUGCCGAGCGCAUCUGGAAGGUGCUCAUACCGACGUACGGUCUUCACACCACCAAAGGCCGGUCCAUCUUUGAGGCGUACCGUGAGGACGUGUUGACGAAGAACGGAGAUUCCGACGAGAGCUUCAACCGGGUUGCACGAAUUUAUGAGCAAGAGUUAAAGGUACCGCUGCGCGGUAUGGAAGAUUCCUGCAUCGAGUAUAAGCUGCUGUGCGAAAAGUACAAAUCGGUAUUGACCGAUCUGGAUGAGGAAAAGUUUGAACGGCGCUAUAAGCAAGCGAAGGCCGUACUGCAACGUAUGUUACCGCACGAAGAUGCUCUGGCGGCGCUGGCAUCACAUGAACACCAGCAACGUGCGGAACUGUAUCGCAAGUACAUCGCGGACUGUCGUACCGAGCUGGAUGACGAUGAGGUGCAAAUACUGUACGAACGCUCCGUCACCGAGUGUUGCCUGGAUGCGACGGUCUGGGUGGAUUAUGUGCGCUACCUGCAAAACUGUCCCCCCGAUUUGGACGAGAACGUUUCGCCCGUCUUUCGGCAGACCGCGUUGGAUCUGGUGAAUCGUGCGCUACGCAACUGCACGUGGAGCGCCGAGCUGUACGUCGAGAAGAUGCGCAUCGUGGAGCGUGAGCAGCAGAGCCGCUCGAAGAUGACGGUCGUAAAGAUCAUGGAGGACGUGGCAUCCGCCGGUCUACAGACGCCGGAAGCGUCGGUAAAGGUGUGGCUCGAGUAUUUAACCUUUCUCCGGCGGCACACGGACUUUAAGAGUGAAAAGGAGAGGGAAAUACUGCGGGCCAAUUUCGAUCUCGCCUGGAAUCAGCUCGGGCGAACGUGGGGUGUGCUCGCGGAUCCACAGUGCAAGAUCCUCCAGUUCUGGGGCAGGCUCGAGUACGAGGCGCUCGCUGAACCGAACAAGGGUCGCGAUCUGUGGCUCAGUGUGAUGGAAAGUUCCGAUAAUGCUACGAAAGCUGGGCUAUGGAUUGAGUUUACCGAGCUAGAAGUGAAGCGGAAUACGGACGCGGUACGAAAGCUGUACCGCAAGUCGAUCACCACGGUUGGGCUGGAUGAUCCGGAAACGCUGGCUGCCGCUUGGUUACGGUUUGAGCGCUGUAAUGGUACGCUCGAGCAGCUCGUCAGCUGUCAGGAGUUGUGUAACGCCACGAUCGAGAAGUACUACAGCACAUUCAUCAAGCCACUGCGCCCAGCGUCCAAGGGAGCGAAACAGAAGGCGGACGGAACCGCGAACAAAGAGGCAACGAGUGCUGCGACAACAGCGGCCGAUGGGUCAACGGGGAGGAAAAAUCUUAAGCGAACGCACGAUCAGGACUUUAAAGUGCCAGCCAUUCCACCAGCCAACGCCGGUAACGCACCAAAGGAUACCACGGACAAGGGCUCUAGUGGCGAAACAGAGGCAGACGGAUCGCCUUCGAAUGGUGAUGCCGGUGCCAAACGCGCAAAACUCAUCGAUCCGAGUCUCGAAUCGCGCCAGGUGUUCAUCAGCAACCUUAGCUUCGAGGCGACGGAACAGGACAUACGCAACGCAUUCCCGGAGCUAGCGAUCGAAAGUAUCGAGCUGGUGCUGUCCAGUUCUGGUAAAAGUCGUGGAUUUGGCUAUAUGUUACUGACGAACGAAUCGGAUGUUGCACAAGCGCUGAGCUUCGAUCGACGUCCACUCGCCGGUCGCCCGAUGUUCAUCUCGAACGUAGCCCGCGAUAAAGCUAACCGGCAGCAUCAGUUCAAGUACGCGUCGUCCGUUGAACCGAACAAACUAUUCAUCAAGGGCUUACCGUUCGAGCUGGGCAAGGAUGAGCUACAGCGACUGUUUGAACCAUUCGGUACCAUCCGCGACAUACGCAUCGUGUGCUUCCGGAACGGGCGCUCAAAGGGACUCGCUUACCUGGAGUACGAGUCGGAGACCGCCGCAAAGCGGGCCGUUCUCAAGAUGGAUCAGCACGUGGUCGAUGGAUUUACCAUUACCGUUGCCAUCUCGGCGCCACCACCGAAGAAAGCGGAUUCAGCAAAGAAUUCCAGCGCGUCGGGGGAUGACACCGCUGCUGGCACAAGCAGCGCAAGUCUUGGUUCCGGUAAACGGCAGCUUGCUAAAGGCGAUGUGAAACAGAAACUCUCAGCGAUGAUUCCUACUGCGGUACUAAAACGGACAGCGGUAGGACCACCUGCACCGAAUGCGGAAACGGAAAAGCCGAAAUCGAAUGACGAUUUCCGUAAACUUUUGCUUAAGUGAUGGGCAGCUAGUUAUUUUUUUUCACUCCCUCGCCCAGCGGGCUCCCAAAGAGAAACCAGUUUCAUUUUUUUGUCAAAAACAAACCUUUUCUCUGUCGUUCGUUAUCCUAAUUUGAAUUUGCGCCACUACAAUCCCCCGGUACUGGAGGGAGAGUUUUCGUAAUGUGUUUUUUUUUUGUAAUUUUGUUUUUUGCGUCUCACCACUGUCUUCGAUAAUCGUGCGUGUAGUUUUGUAUUGUCCAUACAGUUCCAUCUUUCCAACUUGCGAUAAAUGAUCAUUUGCCUGUUCUCACCCUUGUCAAUUCCUUCUUCUACACUCCAGCUGGUCAUACCUGGUAAGCGCUGUGACAAGAAUGAAGACGAAAAGGAAAAUAAAGCCGCUUCCAUUAGCCACGUGAA